AUGCCCUCCCUCCUCGAAGACCCCACAACCUACAUCCCACCCCCACCCACCGCAUCAACAACCUCACCCACGCUCACGCCCAUCACCAAAACCCUAAAAGACUCCACCCGCGUAACCCUCUACCCCGUCGCGCACGGCGCAUCCUCCCUCCCAGCCUCGCUCGUGAAGGUCCUGCACCGCGAAUUCAGCGAGGAGAUUGCGCGCGGCGCGACGUAUCCGAUGGAGGAGGGGAUGGGGUACGAGGCGUUUGCCGGGUAUUGGUUUGGGACUUUUGCGGUUGUGGCUGUCAUCGAUCGUGAGGGUCCUGGGGGGAAUGGGGGGAAUGGGAGUGGGGAUGGGGAGCAAGGGAGAUGGUUACAGGGUCAGGAGGAGAGGGAUUGGGAGAGGGAUUGCCUGGGGACGUUUUAUAUCAAGCCGAAUUAUCCGGGCCGCUGUUCGCACGUCUGCAACGCCGGAUUCCUAACAACAGCCGCAGCGCGCGGUCGAGGCGUGGGCAUCGUAAUGGGCGAGACGUACCUAGAAUAUGCGCCGAAGCUGGGCUACAAAUAUUCCGUAUUCAACCUCGUCUUCGAGAACAAUGUCGCCUCCGUCAAGAUCUGGGAAAGGCUGGGUUUCAAGAUCAUCGGACGAGUGCCUGGGGCGGCGCGACUAGCGAACAGCCCAGACCUGGUGGAUGCGUUGAUCAUUGGGAAGGAAUUGGUAUGA